CCAAUCGCCAUACUUGUUUUGGGUGACGCCAAAUUACUUCUCUAUUCCUCCCUCUUGGUUGUCAAGAAGAUGGCAGCUUCCAGGCAGGCAUGAGAGGGAAUACUUCUUCAAAAAUUGAAUGAACUUGGGCUACCGCUUUAAGAUAAGACCCUCAGCGCAUCGCAUUGGAAAUCGUGUAUCGAAAGAAAGGUUAUGUCUUCUUCCGGUUCCAUUGUUUCUGGGACCACUGGUGCCGUUUUGCAACCGCGAUGGAAGCGAGUUCUUGGAUGGUCUGGUCCUGUCCCUCGUCCCAGGCAUGGACACAGAGCCGUUGCAAUAAAGGAAUUGAUGGUUGUGUUUGGAGGAGGUAACGAAGGAAUCGUUGACGAAUUACACGUGUAUAAUACAGCAACAAACCAGUGGUUCAUCCCUGCAGUUCGGGGUGACAUUCCCCCAGGCUGUGCUGCAUACGGAUUUGUUUGUGAUGGCACCAGACUGUUGGUGUUUGGCGGAAUGGUGGAGUAUGGAAAGUACAGCAAUGAUCUCUUUGAGUUACAGGCCAGUCGAUGGGAAUGGAAAAAGUUGAAACCCAAGGCCCCCAAAAAUGGUCCCGCACCUUGUCCUAGACUUGGCCACAGUUUUUCCCUAGUUGGGAACAAAUGCUACCUAUUUGGUGGACUGGCAAAUGAUAGCGAGGACCCGAAAAAUAACAUUCCCAGAUACCUGAAUGAUCUGUACACGUUGGAGCUUCGUGCUGGGUCCAGUGUGGUGGGCUGGGACAUCCCCAUCACAUACGGCAUCCUUCCUCCUCCUCGUGAGAGCCACACUGCUGUGGUGUACACAGAGAAAACCAGCAAGAAAUCUCGCCUUAUCAUCUAUGGAGGGAUGAGUGGCUGUCGCCUAGGGGAUUUAUGGAGCCUUGACAUUGAGACCCUGACCUGGACCAAACCAUCAGUGAAUGGGACAUCCCCACUGCCCAGGAGUCUCCAUUCUGCCACUACCAUUACAAACAAGAUGUAUGUGUUUGGGGGAUGGGUUCCACUGGUUAUGGAUGAUGUCAAGGUGGCCACACAUGAGAAGGAAUGGAAGUGCACAAACACACUGGCCUGCCUGAAUCUUGACUCCAUGUAUUGGGAAACAGUUGUGAUGGAUACUCUGGAGGACAACAUCCCUCGGGCCCGUGCAGGACAUUGCUCUGUGGCUAUUAACUCCAGGUUGUACGUUUGGAGCGGACGAGAUGGUUACCGGAAGGCUUGGAACAACCAAGUUUGCUGCAAAGACCUCUGGUACCUUGAGACAGAGAGGCCCCACGCUCCAGCGAGGGUGCAGCUUGUUCGUGCCAACACCAACUCUCUGGAGGUCAGCUGGGGAGCAGUAUCCACAGCAGACACAUACCUGCUGCAGCUCCAGAAGUAUGACAUCCCGUCUGCUCCAGCUGCAACAUCACCAGCUCUCAGCGCCACCCCGUCCCUGCCAGGGAGCUCUCCCAGGAGUCCAGCCCCGGCCGCCGCUGCUCCGUCUGCCCAGAGCCUUCCACACACAGCCAUCUUGAAGGUUGCAGCUCCUCAGUCUAGCACUGGGGCAUCUAUUGUCACUGUGCGCCCAAAUCAGGUUGGUAAAUCGCCUGUCACUGUGACAUCACUUCCUGCAGGAGUUCGCAUGGUUAUGCCUGUCCAAACCACCCAAGGAGCGCCGAUUGGCAGCAGCCCUCAGAUGAGUGGCAUGGCAGCGUUAGCUGCAGCUGCAGCAGCCACUCAGAAGAUCCCACCCUCAUCACCAGGCACCGUGCUCGGCCUUCCAGCAGGUGCCACUAUUGUCAAAUCAGUGGCGGUCUCUCCUGGCUCAACCACAGUCAAAAUGGCAUCUCCAGUCAUGGUGAGUAACCCAGCCACCCGUAUGCUGAAGACUGCUGCAGCACAGGUGGGCACGUCCAGUGUGUCUUCUCUCAACACGACCACGCGACCCAUCAUCACUGUGCACAAGUCUGGCACCGUCACUGUGGCCCAGCAGGCUCAGGUGGUCACCACAGUGGUGGGAGGAGUCACCAAGACCAUCACCCUGGUCAAGAGCCCCCUGACCAUGGGAAGCAGCGGCACACUGCAGAUCUCCAACCUUGGCAAGAUGAUGUCUGUGGUGCAAACCAAGCCAGUGCAGACAUCAGCUGUUACAGGCCAGGUUUCCACUAACCCUCUCACACAAAUCAUACAGACAAAGGGUCCCCUCCCAGCUGGCACCAUCCUGAAGCUGGUGACCUCAGCAGAUGGCAAGCCCACCACCAUCAUCACCACCUCCCAGGCAGGCACAGGGAAUAAACCAACCAUUCUGAACAUCAGUGGCAUGUCGCCAACCACAACCAAGCAGGGCACCACAAUCAUCAAGACCAUCCCCAUGUCAGCUAUCAUGACCCAGCCUGGAGCCACAGGUGUGACGAGCAGUGCAGGAAUGAAAACGCCUAUCACCAUCCUCACCACCAAGAUGAUGACCACUGGCACUGCUGGCAAAAUUAUAACGGCCAUGCCCAAGCUGGGAUCUGCAGCUGGCCAGCAGGGACUGACUCAGGUGGUUCUGAAAGGCGCUCCAGGCCAACCUGGCACCAUCCUGCGCACUGUGCCGAUGGGAGGAGUCAGAGUGGUCACCCCUGGUACCGUGUCUGCAGUCAAGCCCACUGUCACUACGCUGGUCGUCAAGGGAACAACCGGUGUCACAACUCUGGGGACCGUCACAGGCACUGUCUCCACCAGCCUGGCAGGGGGCAGCGUUGCUAGUGCCAAUGCCUCCCUGGCCACUCCAAUCACCACAUUAGGCACCAUUGCCACUUUGUCCAGCCAGGUCAUUAACCCCACUGCCAUCACUGUGUCAGCUGCUCAGACAAGCCUGACCACAGCCUCCUCUCUGCCCUCAUCCACUAUCACCAUGCAGUCUGUACCCCAGCCCACCCAGGUGACUCUCAUUACCACCCCCAGUGGGGUAGAGGCCCAGCCAGUGCAGGACCUCCCUGUGUCCAUCCUGGCCUCGCCUACCUCUGAGCAGCCCAGCUCCACAGAGGCUGGAUCUGGGGAUGGUACUGGCACUGUCACCCUGGUCUGCUCCAACCCCCCCUGUGAGACACAUGAGACAGGCACCACCAACACCGCUACAACAGCCUCCUCAAACAUGGGCGGGGUGCAGAGGGCCUGCUCCAACCCUCCCUGUGAGACACAUGAGACAGGCACCACCAACACUUCUACUCAGGCCUCGUCUAGUAUGGGUACUGGGCAGACUGGCACUGUGCAGAGAGUGUGUUCCAACCCGCCAUGCGAGACCCACGAAACGGGGACCACCAACACCUCUUCGACAGCCACAUCCAGCAUGGGUGGCAAUGAGACAACCACAGGAACAGGAUCAGUGCAGAGGGUGUGCUCUAACCCUCCCUGUGAAACCCACGAGACAGGCACCACAAAUACGGCCACCACUGCCUCUUGCAACAUGGAGCCUGGCGAGGGCACAGCCCAGCAGAGUGACGAAGGAGCUGGAAGUGCCACCAACACAGAGGUCCCCUCUACCACAGCAUCAGCUACCAGCGCAGAGGUCCCCUCUACCACAGCAUCAGCUACCAGCGCAGCCACCACCACCACCCAGGGCAGGGCCAUCACCACGGUGACCCAAUCCACCCCAGCCCCUGGACCCUCAGUACCUUCUAUUUCGUCCAUCAGUGCAGCCGCCUCCACAGAAGAGCCCAUGCAGACCGAGGAUGCUGCAUCGGCGGCAGCUGUGCCCAUGGAGGAGGGGGGCAUGCACUCACAGAUGGGAGCAGAUGCAGCCGUGGGUCUGCCUCCAGAGCUGAUGUCAGAGGGCCAGGGCGCCACCCUCAUGGUGACGGGGCUCUCCGCUGAGGAGCUGGCCGUCACUGCAGCAGCUGAGGCAGCGGCCCAGGCUGCUGCCACGGAGGAGGCCCAGGCGCUGGCCAUCCAGGCUGUCCUCCAGGCUGCACAGCACGCUGUUAUGAACGAGGGGGAAUCAGGCUCAGAUGGCCAGCAGUCCACCACCAUCCCCAUCGUGCUGACCCAGCAGGAGUUGGCAGCCCUGGUGCAGCAGCAGCAGCAGCUGCAGCAGGCCCAGGCUCAGGCAGCCGUCCAGCAGCAAGCAGCUGCCCCCCAGGCCAGCCUGCCCACUGAGGGCCUGGCCCCAGCAGACAGCCUCAAUGAUCCUGCCGCAGAGAGCAACGGGCACAACGAGAUGGCUGCUGCCGUCACCAGCGCUGUGGCCUCGCUCCUGCCACGCACCUCUGAGACUCUAGCCCCCUCGAGCACAUUUGCACUGGCAACUGUGGCCAGUCCAGCCAAGCUGCAAGCUGCUACUGCAUUAACUGAGGUGGCCAAUGGCAUUGAGGGCGGGAAACAAACCCCUCAACCAGUCCCUAUGAAGAGCCUUGUAAAAAAAGAGAACCAGUGGUUUGAUGUUGGAAUUGUGAAGGUGACAAACAUGGUGGUCACCCACUUUUAUAUGCCAGGAGAUGACUCUCAAGUAGAGGAUGACUCGGGCAACAUGCCAGACUACACUCAGAUGAAGAAAAUGGAGCUGCAGUCUGGCACAGCCUACAAGUUCCGUGUUGCUGGCAUCAACGCUUGUGGUCGUGGAGCUUUCUCGGAGAUCUCGGCUUUCAAGACCUGCCUACCAGGCUUCCCUGGGGCACCGUGUGCCAUCAAAAUAAGCAAGAGUCCAGAUGGAGCCCACCUGACCUGGGAGCCUCCCUCUGUGACGUCAGGGAAGAUUAUUGAGUACUCGGUAUACCUGGCCAUUCAGAGCAGCCAGACAGCCGAGCCCAAGGCCUCCACCCCUGCCCAGCUGGCCUUCAUGCGCGUGUACUGUGGGCCAAACCCUUCCUGCCUGGUGCAGUCCUCCAGCCUCUCCAAUGCCCACAUCGACUACACCACCAAGCCAGCCAUCAUCUUCCGCAUUGCGGCCCGCAAUGAAAAGGGCUACGGCCCUGCUACACAAGUCAGAUGGCUGCAAGAGUCCAGUAAAGAUGGCGCCUCAGCUAAACCUGCCCCAAAAAGACCGGUAUCUUCACCUGAUGUGAGUAAGGCGAUUGGUCAAAAGAAAGCAAGAACGGACCAGUAAGAAAGCAAGACAUCACCCCACACCUGCUAUUUGCUCCCUCCAUCUUCAUCCUGAAUUCACCCCAACUUUUGACCCAGGUCCAACCAGCUACAGUGGCAAAUCAAAAGAGAACCCACAGCAUCAAUCUGACAUAUGUUUUUGCAAGAAAUAUCCUUUUUGUAGUUCAUACAAUUUUUAAAGUAAAACAAAUGAAAAGCACAUUCUAGCUUUUUCUUUUGUCCUCCCAAAUUUGUCUUUAUAUAUAUAUAUAUAUGAAUAAUUUUGGCUUUGUGAGCUAGGUGCCUGCCUGAGCUUUGAUACUAUUGUUUAGUUUUUUACAUCUUUUGGGGAUGUUCUCAGACAGGAGAGGAUGUACAGUUGAAGUGUGAUAAGGUAGGAGGAAUAAUCAACAUUGAAAACAUAUAAAGCACUUGUCCUCCAAUAAAGGGGACAAAUCCCCCCUCCGAAGAAAUUUGCUUCAUCAAGAAACCAACCUGUACAGACAUCAUUCUGGACUCCUGGUAAUGACAUCACUGUGCGCUUUUACCCUGAGAGGAGGACUGAUGGCAGAUGCCCGGAAGUGGACAGAGGAAUGAGGAAGGAUGAGUUUUGUAAAGGACAGACUUUGAUAGGACUGAGACUUGCAGCACACAAAAAAUCUUGCAAAAUCUUCCCCAAAAAUGGCAGGCAAUGCUAAUAGCAGGAAUGCUGAAGAUCUUUGUGUAGUUUAUUUUUGUAUUUUUAAAGCUUUUUCUUGUGUGUAUGUGUAUGUCAGUGUGCAUUUUGGUUUGUUUUUUUUUACACUUGUUCAACCCCAUAGUUUUAAGUGUUUGUGGGAGGAGGGGUGGCAGAGUUGAGGUAGCCACUGUAUUUUAAAUCUUGGUUCAAUCAGUUGUAUGUUGUUUUAUCGGAGAGUAUGAAAAAGAACAACUUUUUGUAUUUGUUCUGACUAGGAUGCAGAGGCUAUCGGACUGAAGGGAACUUUAAAUAGACCCAGGGAGAGGAACCUUUACUUUCGUUUACUACAACUUCCAAUGCUUAUGUCACUUAAUGUAUGCCAAACCUAGAUACAUGGGAAUAUAAUGAAAAUGGUAUCACAUCAACAUCUUAUAUUCCUCUAGCAGUGUAUCCCAAUCAUUAGUGUCUAUUCUUUUUAGACUCAUGAAUUAGUGGCUUGCCCUGCCCCCUAAAGUUAUGUCAGUAUAUAAAAGAUUAUAUUGGUAGAAUCGCUCUCCCUGUAGAGUUCAGGUAGACUGAGUAAUAAUUCAGUUUAUUAUUUCAUGGUCCUGUACUUUUGGAACAGGUGUGCAAAUCCUAUGGUGAAAAGAAUCUUUCAAUGGGAUGUCAUGGGCAAAUGAGAAGCAUAGUCGAGUUUGGUCUCACUUGUAAAUUAGUUACUUCAUUACACAAGAACAUUUUGGCCUUUUUAUAUAAUUACUUGUAAGAAAAUGUUUUUACAUGUUGGUCAUCUCUCAAUUGCCUUUUGUGUCUUGACUUAUAAAAGAAACAUAAAUAUAUACCGUCUCCCUGAUCAAUUAUGUAUACUCUGAUUUGCUGUGGAUGUCUGAACUCUACUGUCAUUGAAACCAUUACAACACUUAAAUAUACUGUAUGUAUAUUAAUCCUGAGUAUAAUGUAUUCAGGAUUGAUGACUUAAAAUCCAUCUUAGAGAGGACAUGACUGCAUAUCAUCAGAUGGCAAAAUAAGGCUUUUGUCAAAAUGGAAGUUGCCAGAGAUAAAAACAGAGCCCUGGGAGAACUUGCUGCCUUUCUCCAGAUUGUAGUAUUUACACUAUGGUUUCAGUCUGUUUUCCAGAUAUUUCUAGAAUGAAAAAUCCUAUUUCAUAAACAAUCAUUAUUUUAUAUGUGUCAGUGUGUCUGUUGAACAAAACUAGACAUGCAUGCAAAACUGUAUUUUAGUAGUGAUGCCUUAAGUUAGACCAUAAGCUGAAGGAUCUUAAAAAAGAAAAUUAAAAAAAGAAGUUUGUUAAUUU